AUGGUCAAAUACACAGAAGAACAGCUAAUUGAGAUCAAGCCUGAAGCGUACACUCCUCAGCCAGAAAUUUUGGAUGAAUUCAAUAAAUUGGUUGAAUCUGUGACUCUUGAGUUUGCUGAAAAGGGAGCCAGAAGAAACCACAAUGGUGACCUGUUCAUUGAUGAACAUGGUAAUGAAAGAACCUACAACUACUUGAACAGAAGAAGAGGUUCAAGAUCCGGGGCCAGACCUUUGAAGAAGAAAGCCCAAGAAGUCGAAGUCGAUGAUGACGGAUGGGCAACUUUGACCAAACACAAGAAGUCUUUUUCUGAUGAAGCAGUUGAUGAAAGAGACCAAUUUAGAGAAGCCGUCAGAAGUGAACCAACAAAGGUGAAGAUAAGCAACAAGAAAAUGGGUUCUUCCAAGGCUGUUGACUCCAGAGAUACGGUUGCUGACAAGCACACCAAUACGUUUAAUGCUUUCGAAGCCUUGGAUGACUAG